AUCCCGACCUCAUCGCCAGAUUUCUUUUUUUCCCUUUCCCUUGCAACCAUCCUCGCCUUUUCUUUUUCCCUUCCCCAGGCCCCUACACGUCGCCUAAUCUUCCCUCCCUUUUCACAUUGUCUUCUCAAUUCUCGUAGGCAUCGCGAGCGUUGCGGACCCUUUCCUUUAAAGCUGUAAAAUAUCAACACGCGGUCAGCCACUAGUUCAUCCCCCUUCGACACAAUGGCACUGGCUACCAAGGACACGGCGGCGUACAUCAAGAGCUUGACGACUCCGCCUGCGCCCGGCGCUCCUCAUGGUGUUGCCAUCGCAGGCACAGAACGGCCCGGCCGUACCGCCAUCUACCGCCAUCACAAGAUUGGCGAUGGCCCACUCCUGACCACGUUCAACCCCGAGAUCCAAUCGGUCCACGAUCUGUUCGAAAACGCCGUUAAGAAGCGCCCCAGCAAGCGCUGCCUCGGCACCCGUCUCUGGAACCCCAGCACGCAAUCAUGGGCAGACACAUAUGAAUGGGAGACGUAUGGCGAGGUGGCCGAGCGUCGCAAGAAUCUGGGAGCCGGUCUCGUCGAAAUCCACAAGAGUGUCGGCCACACUCUAGACAAGUAUCCCGUUGGACUUUGGUCUCAGAAUCGCGCCGAAUGGCAAAUCACCGAUCUUGCUCUUGCGUCGCAGGCUCUCUUCACCGUAUCACUAUAUGAUACUCUUGGUCCGGACACUUCCGAGUACAUCAUCAACCAUGCCGAACUCGCCUGUGUCGUCUGCUCUCUGCCUCAUAUCCCGACUCUCUUGAAGUUGGCCCCUCGAAUCCCAUCCCUCAAGCUGAUCGUCUCCCUUGACGAGCUCGAGCAAGGCGAGCAAAAGGGUCUGACCAAGGGCGCUGUUUUGAACGACAUUGCUUCUCAGCACGGCAUCAAGAUAUACUCUUUCAAGGAGGUUGAGGAGAUUGGCGCCAAGUCUGGCCGCCCCAUGCGCCCGGCCAAGUGGGACGACCUCUGCACAAUCAACUACACUUCGGGAACCACUGGUGCGCCAAAGGGUGUUGUCAUCACUCAUGGCAAUGCCGUUUCUGCCAUCUCUUCCAGCCGCCUGCAGGGUGCGGUGACUGAAAAGGACGUUCACAUGUCCUAUCUGCCUCUUGCUCACAUCUACGGCAGAAUGAUUGAUCAGGUUGCCCUGUCCGAAGGUGCCAGCAUUGGCUUCUUCCGUGGCGAUAUCCUGGGCCUGGUCGACGACAUGAAGAUUCUCAAGCCCACCGGUUUCAUCUCUGUGCCCCGCUUGUUCAACCGCUUCAACUCGGCAAUCCGAACCGCCACCAUCGAGGCCGAGGGUACCAGGGGAGCCCUGUCUCGCCAGGUCAUCAACACCAAGAAGGCCAGCAUGCGUCUGCCACCAGGCAAGGCGAACAACACGCAUUUCCUGUACGACCGUAUCUGGACCCCCAAGGUCAGGGCUGCCGUGGGCUUGGAUAGGGCCCACUCGAUGAUCAGCGGCAGCGCACAGCUGGAUCCUGAUGUUCAAGAGUUCCUCCGUGCUGCCUUUGGCAACAACUUUUACCAAGGUUUUGGUAUGACCGAGUCAUACGCCGUUGGUACCGUUCAGAUUCCAGGAGACUUCAGUCUCGGCAACAUCGGACCCCCAACUGGUUGUGUCGAAAUCUGCCUCGAGUCCGUGCCCGAGUUUGACUACACCGUCGACGACAAGCCCAACCCCCGCGGUGAGCUUCUUCUCCGAGGCCCAUGCAUUUUCCGCGAGUACUACAAGAACGAGGAGGAGACCAAGAAGGCCAUCGAGUCCGAUGGAUGGUUCCACACCGGUGAUAUCGCCGAGAUUGACAAGAUGGGCCGCUUCAAGAUCAUUGACCGCAAGAAGAACGUUCUCAAGCUGUCCCAGGGUGAAUACAUCUCUCCUGAGCGUAUCGAGAACGUCUACUUGGGCAACACCAACUUGGUUGCAAUGGCCUAUGUCCACGGCGACCCCAAGGAGUCUGCACUCGUCGGUAUCUUUGGCAUCGACCUGGAGAACUUCCCACCUUUUGCCAGCAAGGUCCUUGGCGAGACCGUCACGGCCGCUGACCUCCCGGCCCUCAAGGAGGCUGCCAACCACCCCAAGGUUAAGGCAGAGUUCCUCAAGGUGCUCAACAAGAUUGCGCAGAAGCAAAAGUUCAACAGCUUUGAGCGUGUUCGCGCUGUCUAUCUUGACAUUGAGCCCUUUAGCAUCCAGAACGAGCUGUUCACACCCACUCUUAAGCUGAAGCGGCCUCAAACUGCCAAGGCCUUCCGUGCUCAGAUCGACAAGAUGUACGAGGAGAUUAACGCCGAGACUGGCCCUGCCAAGUUGUAAGAAUAGAUAAAUGAACAGGCAUGAUGUUUGUUGCUGAGCGAAUUUUUCUUUGGGUUUUUUAAUGUUUGGAUAUAUAGCUAGUUAUCAGUUACGGUUAUCUGCUAGCUAAUAGCCGUGGGCGGUAAAGAAUGUGGAGUGUGUGUGUGUAUUUGCAGAGAGAGUACGGCGGCAAGCUUCCUUUUUUGGGGGAGUGUUUUCGCUUGUCAGUGCGAAAGAGUUAUGAAUAUAAAACAGACGAGAAGGAAUCAAAGAUAAAUUAAUAAAGGGGGUCUUUUCUUCUUUACGAUGCCUUUCGGACUUGGUCAUUCAUAUGCUAUAUGCGAUGUCGACGAUUCCUUUAUGUCAGGAAGCUGGAACACAAAGAGAAGAGUGGUGAAGUCGAAAAGUGGGACAAGUAGCUAGCUAGCUACGAUUCUGCAGCUAAAUGCUCAAUAAAGACUGUGCUUAUCUC